UCGUAUUACGGUUGACGAUAGUAUUUUUAGAAAAAAAACGCAGAUAAUAAGUGAUGAAAUUGAGAUUUGAUUAUGAUCUAAGAAACAAAAUAUGUACGGAUCAAAUCUCUGGAUCGAGGUUUUAAAGAAAGUUGUGUGUCUGUCCAUUAGAUUUAAAUCUGACGGUCAAGAUAAUGAGGCAUAUAUGGCGUUAAUCGUGUUCUAUAUUUAGAAAGGGCAUACUUUUUGGCCAUCGAGAUCUCGUUUCAGUUUCUGCAGCCCUAUCGAUCCGACGAUCUCAAGAUCGGCGUGGCGUGGCGUAGCGUCGCGUAGCGGUCGGGAAGAUGGCGGCGGCCGGGCGGCAUCUGGGAAUGACAGCGGUGGCCGUGCUCGCGGUGGCGACCUCUCUCUUCGGCCUAUCGGACGCCUCCGCCGCCAAGAAGGUGGCUUUCGUCAAGAAGACCGUGUCCUCCCACGAUAUCGUCAUCUUCUCCAAGUCCUACUGUCCGUACUGCAGAAAAGCUAAAGCUGUUUUCAAGGAACUAAAGAAGGAACCUUAUGUUGUGGAGUUGGAUCAGAGAGAGGACGGAUAUGAAAUUCAAGAUGCCUUGUCUGAGAUGGUUGGGAGGCGUACAGUGCCUCAAGUGUUUAUCCAGGGAAAGCACUUGGGUGGCUCAGAUGAUACUGUUGAAGCAUAUGAAAGCGGAAAGCUUCUGACACUUAUUGGUAUUGACUCAAAAGAUGAUCUUUAAACGAUAUUGUGUAUCUCAUUCAUCAAUCAAUCAGGAGAUGGAUGGGCUGAAUCUUUCAUAAGGUGUGGCUGGAUAUUAUUAUGUCGUCUCCGUGGUUUCUAUAAACAUUAUUUAGUUUCAAGUAUGUUUUUUUUGCUAUUAGAAUCUUGAUGUUAAAUGAAUAAUCUUCUUAGUCAUAUCUUUGCAGAUGCAAA